UAAUUGAUAAAUGUUCUCUUUAUCAAAUUGUGAUCAAAAGUAAUUAAGCGUCUGGAACGUGCAACAGCCGCAAAGCAAAAGCAAAAACAAUGUGAAAAGUGCGUAAAAAGUGCGAGAGAAAAAGAAGCAGCAGAUAAUUGUCAAUAGAAUUAACAAUUACAAUUAUAAAGUGAACAAACAAUUUUGCUGAGUGGCGGCGAAGCAAACAUUUAGACAUAGCAAACUCAGACGAAGAAUCCAAAAACAGCAACAACAACAACAACUGAUAAGAACAAAAGCAGCAGCAGCAACAGCGGCUGAGGAGAAACUUCGUUUUGCUAUUUGCGGAAGCAGCGCAGCGAAGCUGAAGCAGCGCAGCAUUUAAAAUGGCGUCGAAGUGCAGCAGCAGCAGAUGUACCGUUACUGUGGCCGCCAUUGUUGUCGCAGUCACACUGAGGCUGCACAUCUGUUUGGCAUUCGAUGUUUAUUUUCCCACCACAUCCGUGAAAUUCAAACUGCCACUCAACGAGGAGUCCGAGAGCAUUUUCUCCAAGAUACCACUGGCCCAGUUUCAAGUGUUGCGGCUCGACAACAAUCAGCCAGCCACCGACUACAUCUACAGUCUGGAGGAUAAUCCGCUGCUGCGUUUGAACACCAGCUCUGGCGAGGUUUAUAUGCGCAACGAUUACCAAGCCAUCAACGAGAGUGUCAAGUACGUGCUGACCGCAUUUCCACGCAGCCAGAACGAGACUGAAGCUGACCAACUGUUGCAGCAGGUGGCACAUUUGACACUCGAACUAGAGCCGCAGCCAUUGAACGACUAUUGCGCCGAAUUGGAGCACAUUUGCUUUUGGACUUCCGCCCAUUACACCAUCGCCGAGUCAAGCAGUCCGCUGGCCAAGAGCGACAGCGAAUCCUUUCAGCCGGUGCUGGUUGGAGCGUUGAAUUCGCGUGCCGCUAAAUAUUUGUGUGCACAUCACAGCAUCGAGUAUGCAUUGAAAGCGGGCAGCGCGCACUUUCUGCUCAAGCAGAAUCGUCUUUAUACGAAACAAUCGCUGGAUCAUGAUGAGCUCAAUGGGCUGCAGGCGUUGGCAGGAGUUUUGCAGGCCACCGUCAGCUGCACUGUGAAGAUAUCUGCACAGGAGCAGCGACAAUUCUGGCGUAGCUACAAUGUGACGUUGCUGGAUCGCAACGACAAUGGACCGCGUCUGCAGGAGCGGCAGCCACACUUUAACUUUUACCUGGAGCAGCCCUACUUCAAGAUGGAUGAGCCGGUGGGCGAGAAAAUCAUCUAUCUGGAUAAGGACACGCUGGCAGCAAAUGCGCAUCUCGCUUACACCAUACUAAAUGAUGCACUUGGACUUGUACGCCCGGAUUGCCACGCCUUCGAGGCGGAUCACACAGGCAGGCCACACACCAUUGUUAGCUGUCAGCUGCGAUUUUCUAGAAGCGGUGUGCUACGUCAAACUCCUUACUGCGUCGACUUAAUGGCCAGAGAUUUGACCAUACAGGCGAAAAAUGUAACAACAACGGCCACAGCUCACGUCUGUCUGCACGUGGACACUGAUCAGUUGCAUGAGAGCGAUCAGCCGCGGCCACAGGCGUUGCCAUUGCGUCAGCGCCAGCAUCGUAUCUUCGAUUCUACUGGCGAAGUGCUGCAUUCGGAUUUGGCCGGAAGACGCCGUAUAAGCAUUGACUAUGAGAAAGAUGUAUUCGUGCAUCGCUCGGCAGCUUCCUAUUAUCGAGUGGCACAGCCCGAAAGCUUUCUGGAACUGAUGCGGCAGCGUUCUUGGCGCUUUGCGCUCGUCGAGGAUCGCAGCAAUGCUUUUGGCAUCACUGAGGUGGCGGGCAUUCUGUAUGUGCGUGAUGGCUUGGCACUGGAGCGUGCACCGGAAACAAUUUACUUUCUGAAUGUAACAUGGCAGGAUCCGGAUAAGCAGGCGCAUGUCUUUGUCGUCAAUGUACAUUUGAUCGAGGGUCGACCAGCGAAUGCCAGCUGCGAGGUGCGACUCAAGUCACGCUCUCAGACCUGUGCCCAAGUCAAGUAUCGCAAGCAGUGCGGCAACUUUUGCGGUGUGGCCACUAAUGGUGGUCCCUGUAUGUGGCGCGGUUCCAGCUCGGCAAUGUUUGGACGCAACUAUGGCAGCUGUGUGCCCGAUGCACGCUACUGUCCGGAUCAGGUGUGUGAUGCACUCGAAGAGCUGAAUCCGUUUGCGUGUCCACAGGACUGCACGCGUUCCGAUUACAUUAUGGGACCGCAUACCAGCAAUGGACGUGGCAUACUUAGUGGAUCGGGCACCUGUAUCUGCGAGGAUAAUGGCAAAUGCUCCUGUGGGCCACUGCCCGACGAGGAUGAGAUGAAGCCGAAACGUCAACGUAAGCGCAAGAAUGAAACGGAAACGGAAUCAUUUAGUGCAAUGCCUGCGCAGGAGCAAGAUCAGAGCGCAUUGACGGAGGGUGUGCUGCAUGUGGCGGGUAUGGAAUGCAAUCGAUACUGCAUACUUGUGGUGAUCAGUUGCCCGCUGCUCUUUGUGUUGCUACUGCUGUGCCUGCUGCUUUCGCAGCGCAAGUUGUGGCAACGACGCCUUGGCAAACAGUCUGCAACGCCGGCGUCCAAACAAGUGCUGCCUCAUAGUCUGGAUGCCUUGGGUGGCGAUUUGCCGCUGAUGCCGCUGCAGAGUGGUUUCAAGUUCGAGAGUGCCGAUGCUAAGUGGGAGUUUCCCAGGGAACAAUUGCAGCUGGACACUGUGCUGGGCGAGGGCGAGUUUGGUCAAGUGCUAAAGGGUUAUGCCACGCAAAUAGCUGGCUUACCAGGAGUCACCACUGUGGCCGUCAAGAUGCUGAAGAAGGGCGCCAAUUCGGUGGAGUACAUGGCUCUCCUCUCGGAAUUUCAGCUUUUGCAAGAGGUCUCACAUCCGAAUGUUAUUAAGCUGCUGGGCGCCUGCACACAAUCUGAUGCGCCUCUGCUUAUCAUUGAGUAUGCUCGCUAUGGCUCACUUCGCAGUUAUCUACGUCUUAGCCGGAAAAUCGAGUGCGCUGGCGUUGAUUUCAGCGAUGGCGUUGAGCCCGUUAAUGUCAAGAUGAUGCUUACAUUUGCCUGGCAAAUCUGCAAGGGCAUGAGCUACCUAACUGAGCUUAAGCUAGUACAUCGCGAUUUGGCUGCCCGCAAUGUGCUGCUAGCUGAUGGCAAAAUCUGCAAGAUAUCCGACUUUGGACUGACACGCGAUGUCUACGAGGACGAUGCCUAUUUAAAGCGUUCGCGUGAUCGAGUACCCGUCAAGUGGAUGGCACCUGAAUCGCUGGCAGAUCAUGUGUACACCAGCAAAUCAGAUGUUUGGGCAUUUGGUGUGCUGUGCUGGGAGCUAAUUACAUUGGGUGCCUCUCCAUAUCCUGGCAUAGCACCACAGAAUCUCUGGUCUCUUCUAAAAACGGGUUAUCGCAUGGAGCGGCCAGAGAACUGCUCUGAGGCAGUGUAUUCUGUGGUGCGCACUUGCUGGGCAGAUGAGGCCAAUGCACGUCCCUCUUUCAAGUAUCUGGCUGCUGAAUUUGAGAAGUUGCUGGGCAACAAUGCCAAAUACAUUGAGCUGGAGACGAAUGCCGUAUCCAAUCCGUUCUACUGCAGUGACGAAGCUGCUCUAAUGCCCACGAUUGACCAAAUCGAGCAAUUGGGCGAACCCGAGUCGCUUCAACAUUUGUGGUCGCCACCAAAGAUGAACCUCUACGAUAUGCAGGAUCAGAGCACCAGUCGUGAUGACUCCACAACAGGCAUUCAGACGCCAUCAGUAGCAGCCAUGGUGGUGCCUCCUGGCUACGAUUUGCCACGUCCUUUGAUCGAUGCCAGAACGACAGAGCAAGUGCUGCGAUACGAGAACGAUCUACGGUUUCCUCUCAACAUACGCAAAUCGAGCUGUGCGCCAAGUUACAGCAACAUGACCAACGGCAGCCCGGCUACAGCGUUGCCCCACUAUGCAGUGCCUGUGAAACGUGGUCGUUCCUAUUUAGACAUGACCAACAAUACGCUGAUCCCCGAUAAUCUCGACAAUCGCGAUUUUGAGAAGCAUCUCUCCAAGACUAUCUCAUUUCGUUUCUCCAGUUUGCUUAAUCUCAAGGAGCCCGAAUCACCGAAUGAACAUGCUGAGGAUGCUGUUUAAGCCCUGAGAAGGCUUCUUUUUUCUUCAACAUUAUAAACUGCGCCUGGUUUUUUAGUUCAAAUUGUUUGUUAAUUAGUUUUAGAAUUAUGCUGAUGCCAAAAAUAACUCGAAUACUCUGUUCCACAUUCCACUUUGACAAUCUAGCCAAGAGAUGCAUUCCAAGAGUUAAGGAUAUUGCUGUCUACCAAUUACUUAAAUAACCUUAAUGUCUAGAAACACAUUCCCCAAAUAUGAAAGAACAUUCUCAAUUUUAUAGUAAAUCACAACUCCAAUUUCCAAUCGAAAUAUUUCAUCUUUAAACUUUUGCUAUCUAUAAUCUGUAUUUACAUGCCAUUGUCAUAAUUUUAAAUGCCUUUGAGAGAAUUUUAGCUUUAAGCAAGAGUAAUGUAAACCUUGCAAAUAAUUUCUAGUCCUAGCCUUAUUUACUAUACAUAGUAUAUAUAAUAUAUGUGUCGACAUUUCUAUUCUUUAUUUUAGUCUCGAUUAAUCUGGGCACAAUGACAAUUUCGAGUAUUUUUCGCACUUGUCUCAUAAAUUAGAUUAAGCAUAACCAUUGUACUUAUUGAUGUAUAUGCCAAAAAAUAGACUGUAUAUAAAUAUAUUCACUUGCUAACGUACAGAUACAGAUAUACAAAUAAAUUUAUAUGCUACC